GAAAUAUCAUAUAAUUGAAAUCUAAAACCGAUAAGCACGCGUUUUCAAUAUAUAUUGCUAAGGAUCAUGCGCGUGAAAUAUUCCAUGUAGUGACCUUUAUUACGUCUUGAAUGCACGUACACAGAGGUUUUUUGGUAAGAUUAAAAUCAUAGGAUCAACUGUCGAUUAGAUACGAUCGUUGGAGAAUCUUAUCGUGAACGAUGUGAAGUAAGCUUUUGUAAAAAAAAAAAAAAAAAUCGAAAAAAAGAACCUUACUCGGUGUCAUUAUUUUAUAGAUACGUAUAAUAGAGGAAGAGAGUAAUUCGAAAAAGGGCGGCCACUUGAUCCAGUGAUUAGGAGAUAGAUACAAGAUCGAAUUAAUAUGGACGUUCACGGAGCCGGAGUGGUUGCCGUUUUAGGAACCGUUGGAGCUGCUACUGGAGCAAUUUCAGCAGUGAUCGUUUAUACGAUCUGUACACGACGUCGAAGAUUACCCUUGCUUGCUUCGGGCGUCGGUCCUCUUAAUUGGUUCGAGAAAGAUUUAUUGAAUAGAGCUGAAGAAGCUGCGAGAUCUUCGAAAGACGUUCUAGUUGGAUUAGGAUCGAGUGUAUCUCUUGGUCGUGAUAGUAGAACUCCGAAACACAGUGCUAGCCGUUCCGAUGACGAAGAAUGGCAAUCGGAUCACGUAUUCGAUAGUAUUGCGAGUGAUUCCCCAAGGAAAAUCCGACAUCAUCUAUCCGAAUCCGACGACGUUCCAACGUCACCGUUGAGUCCUCUCGCACCACCUUUACCCGAAGGUACGGUCGUAGCAUCGGAGAAGCGAAUGGUAAUCGUUAAACAUCCUCCUAGAAGCUUAGAUAGUUCUCAUUCGAGACUGAAUAGUCUUGAAAUCGAGUCAGAACCACGGAACAAGCUUUCUUCUUCCUCGUCAACGUGUUCAACGGACGAAUUUAGAGGCGAUUUAGAAAUAGGAUUGAUUCAUGAUGCGUUUGCUGGUAUUCUCACAGUACGCCUAUUAGAGGCUCGUAAUUUACGUGCACGUGAACUCAGUGGAACCGCCGAUCCUUAUGCUAAAAUACGCCUGUUACCUGAUCGAAGUAAUGUCUGGCAAACGAGAAUACAUAGACGUACUUUAAAUCCAGUUUUCGACGAGGACUUCGUAUUUGAAGUAAAUCCAGAAUCGUCCUUGAGCGAUAGAACUCUAGAAGUUCUAUUAUACGAUUUCGAUGCUUUCUCUAGACAUCGUGGCUUGGGUUAUGCACAAUUCCAUUUAUCUACGUUAGUGGAUAUUCUUGGUCUAACGCUACAAACCGUUAGAGUACCGAUAUUGCGUUACGGAGCCGAGGGUGGUUUUAGAGCUCCACCUUUGGGAGAAUUGAUGGUGUCUCUUUCAUAUCAACCAUUAGCGGAGAAAUUGACGGUCAUUGUUGUCAGGGCCAAGAAUCUACCUAUACCCGACGAUUCAUCAAGUUGCAAUCCGUAUGUAAAGGUCAUACUUAUGCAAGAUGGGAAAAGUCUCAAAAAGAAGAAGUCCAGUAUCAAACGGGAAGCGACAAGCCCAGUGUGGAAUGAUAUUCUUAGCUUUGAUGUUCCUAACGAAGUGUUUUCGAAGUGUGCAUUAGAGUUUUCUAUAUUGCGUGCUAACGGUGAGUUGAUCGCAAAAUGCGAAGUUUCCAGCAAAUGUCAAAAGGAACUCUUCCAUCGUGUAUUGUCAGGGAAGGGUGCCUCUGCACAAUGGUUACCAUUGUCCGAGCCGGAAGUUCAUUGUACCGAUGAAUAUAAAGAUUAAGCAUCAAAUAUAACUUGCAGAUCAAUGAUUAUAAGUCUUCGGGCUUAUUUUUUGUUCUGUCUAGUAAAAAGUACUUGAACUUGAAACGAAAAGAUUUAUAAUGAAUUAAAUUGCGUACUAUCUAUUUUUCAUUAAAUAUAAACGUAAGUUCGCAAUACAAAUGAAUACGAAUAUUUUCAAAUAUUAAUUAAAAAACAUAUAUUCGUCGUUACAGAGAAUUAUUUUCGAUAAUAUCCAUAGAUUAAAAAUAUACUAAAGUCGCUAAAUACGAUUGCCUUGAUAUAGAUUAUUUUAAGAGUUUUAUUUAAAAUAUCUUUUUUUCCAAGUUAUAUAUCAACAAUAUUACAAUAUCAUAACGCACAGUUUUGCUGAUAAAAUGUCGUGCGAAUGAUCUAAAUCGAAGGACUACGAAUCCCAUGCAAUUGUGAUAUAUUAUCCGAAUCAACUGCAUGAAUGCUGAUCUCAUAGAUGUAAUUGUUGGAUCUAUCGAUAGACUGAAACUUCUAUAGUGGUAUAUGAAUUCUUUCUAUAUGUGGCCGAUUGUAAUUGUAGUUCAUACGAUGUACUUUUAAUAUUAGUUUCUGUUCAUGAGAAUUGCAAGAUAUUUUCAAUGUCAAUGAAAGCAGGCUCUUUCAACAAUGAAAAGUCCAAUAAGUGUCUCAUAGUAGCAAAAUCAAAAGUCUAUUAAAAAUGUAUAUCAUACUGAAAAGUGAAAUAUACGGAAUAUAUUAUCUAACUUUUCACGAAGUGACGAAGUCUGAAAUGUUUUCAAAUAUUAUUGGCUUACUAUAAAAAUACGUAUUUUAGAUAAAUAUAUCCACACGUACUUUGGCGUAAACGCAUAUUCGCCACGACUAAGUUAUUAUCAAAAUAACAUCAUGCCUGAUACGUAAAGGUUGUGUCACAUUAGAUUUUUAAUGUACCCAUAGUAUUAUGUCAAGAUAUUCAUACAAAUUGUAAAAUUGUGCUUACCAUUUACUUAUGCUUCCUCUGAUGUGACAAAAAGUACAAAUACUUUUAAUAUUUUUAAUUUUUAAAAUGUUUUAUUCACUGUACAAUAUAACUGUACAUAAAAGAGGAAUGGACCAACAUAAUGCGA